UAAUUUGUUGAUUAUUGCAAUAUAAAUUAGUGGAUCACCUACAUAUCAAGUGCUUUAAUAAUCGGUCGGUUUAUUAAAAGGAGAUAACGUGCUUGUCACUUUGAUACACUUUUGAUCUUGGUGAAAUUAAGCUGUGGAUCUUCUAUACUUUACAUUUUUCCUUGUGUAUCUCCAAAUAUUUAGAACAUUAACGAGAAUGUUGAAGUACGAGAAUGAUGGUGAUACGGUUGAAGAUAUCAGUGACGGUUCAGAUGAUUAUAGCGAUAAAAGUGCCUUAAUACCAUCAAGCAGUGGAAGCGGCAAAUCAUAUGGAACUGAUAAUAAUGAUACAGCAAUUUCAAUAGAAGACCGAAUUGUCUAUUCUUGGAAGGAAAUUGAUGUUUAUGGAGAACAAAAAGUGCAAGCGUCAUUUUGGAAGCGAAUGAAGAAAAAGUUUUGCUGCUGUUGUACCGGAAAUGGCAAGGAAUUUAUAACAAGGAAACAUCUUCUCAAAAACAUAAGUGGUGUUGCAUACAGUGGCGAACUUUUAGCAGUUUUGGGGGCUAGUGGAGCUGGAAAGACCACUUUAAUGAAUUCUUUAUGCUUCAGGUCUCCGCCGGGAGUUAAAAUCUCUCCAUCAUCUAUUCGAACAAUUAAUGGAGUUCCAGUUGACCCUGAAACUAUUCGUUCUCAAAGUGCUUAUGUCCAACAAGAUGAUCUUUUCAUUGCUUCUUUGACUGCUAAGGAACAUUUGACUUUCCAAGCAAUGUUAAGAAUGGGACGAGAAGUUCCACAGUCACAAAAAAUGGCUCGCGUUAGUGAAGUUAUUAAUGAGUUGAGUUUGAGAAAAUGUGCAAACACAAUCAUUGGAAGUCCUGGACGAAUUAAAGGUAUUUCAGGAGGUGAACGUAAACGUUUAUCAUUUGCUUCUGAAACAUUGACUGAUCCUCUUAUACUUUUCUGUGAUGAGCCAACUUCCGGAUUGGAUUCAUUCAUGGCUUUGAAUGUGUUACAAGUGCUUAGAAAAUUGGCAGCAAAAGGAAAGACAAUCAUCAUAACAAUCCAUCAACCGUCAUCGGAACUUUUUUCCAUGUUUGACAAGAUACUACUCAUUGCUGAAGGACGUACUGCGUUUCUUGGAACUCAACAUCAAGCUACGGAAUUUUUCGAUCAGUUGGGUCUGCCAUGCCCAGUAAAUUAUAACCCAGCAGACUUUUUCGUACAGAUUCUGGCGAUAGCACCAAAUAAAGAACAAGAAUGUCGUACUACAAUUAAGAAAAUUUGUGACUCAUUUGCCGUUAGUUCAAUAGCUGAGGAAAUUAAUAAUGUUGCAUCCAAAUUAGCUACAGAUGAAGAAGUUGCAACUCGACGAUUGUCAAAUCGAAAGAUACAACGUUUUAGAGCUUCGUGGUUGACACAAUUUCAUGCAAUUACAUGGCGCGCAUGGCUGAGUGUAUUAAAAGAGCCAAUGCUUGUAAAAGUUCGAUUAAGUCAGACGAUUAUGGUGUCAUUGUUGAUCGGCGUUAUCUUUUAUGGACAAAUUUUGGAUCAAGACGGAGUGAUGAAUAUUAAUGGAGCCCUAUUUCUUUUCUUGACAAACAUGACUUUUCAAAACGUCUUUUCGGUUAUCAAUGUAUUUGCAGCUGAACAGCCUAUAUUUAUACGAGAAUCACGUGCGCGUCUUUAUCAAGCAAGUUCCUACUUCAUGGGAAAAACACUUGCGGAGCUGCCACUGUUCUUGUUAAUUCCGAUUUUAUUUACUGCUAUAUCGUACCCAAUGAUAGGAUUAAGAGGAGGAUGGCCUUACUUUAUGAUUGCUAUUGGAAUUGUUUGUUUGAUUGCAAACGUCUCAACCUCGUUUGGAUAUUUAAUAUCAUGCGCAAGUUCAUCAAUCUCGAUGGCACUGUCUAUUGCUCCACCAGUAAUAAUCCCAUUCCUAAUUUUUGGAGGAUUUUUCUUAAACGCAGCUUCAGUGCCUGAUUAUUUCAAAUGGUUAUCAUACUUUUCAUGGUUUAGAUAUGGAAAUGAAGCACUUAUGAUUAAUCAGUGGGACGGAAUUGAUGACAUUAUGUGUACACGUAACAUUACUUGUCCGACAUCUGGAGAAAUUAUUUUGGAAACAUUUAACUUUACGGCAAGCAACUUUUGGUGGGACAUUUUGGCAUUAGUAGGCUUAAUUGUAAUACUUCGUGUUGGUGCCUAUCUAUUCCUCUUGUCAAAAUCACGUAGCAAAGAGUAAAAACGAGACAAUCAGGCGUCUACAGUCAUCAUCAUCCAUACAAUUAAAUUCGUAAAGACAUAAAAGUCAUCAUGCAUACAUACCAAUUCAUUGAUGCCUUUUUCUCUCUCUAUCUCUCUCAUUAUUAAUUUCUUUUCUUUCUUUAAUUCACUCUUUAUACCAUUCCGUGUUUAAGACUUAAGUGUUACAUUAUACUCAUGAAUAUUAAGCAUGCAGAAAUGCCGAAUAACCGAAUAUCGAGCCACACUGUCUAGUAUUUUAUUAUAUCUUUCAUUAAUCUUUAAACAAUUGUUAAUCACUCUCUUCACAUGGCCUAUACACAUUGCUCUUUAAUUUCUUCUCAUGGAUUUAAAUUUAAAGAAGAAAUGGACAAGAAAAUAAGAAGAAGAAGGAAUGACAACAAGAAAACUGGAAAGACGAAAAUAUUGCAUAAUACUUUAUCAUAGGCUCGGUUAAUGAGAAACAAAAAGUGAAAAUAUUAGUUCAGUAACCUACUUUAUUUACUUCUGACUUUGACAUAAGAGGGACUUGUUAAAAAAUAUUAAUAUUGAUAACAGACAUCACUUCUUAUUGGACAAUUUUGUAAUCCUCUUGUUUCUGAAUUUCCCAAGGUAUGUCAACUUUAUUGACUGACUUUAGCUCUCUCAGAUGUUUAAUUUUUGCGUUUUGAAUUUUGAGGCUCCUUCCUAAAAUGUUUCAUAUUCAACCCUCGAUAAAACGCGAACUAAACUGUUAAACGAUCUAUUAUUAGGUUGGUAUGGAACUUAAAAAUGUUGAAUUUCCUUAGAUUAAUCAGAAGAUAAAUUUAAAUUUUCUUUACUCAAUGUUUUUAUUGUCUCUAAAAUAUUGUAAAUCAAAAAUAUUUUGUCAUAAUUAUGUCGCAUCAUAUAAUAAAUAGCGAAUAAGCA